GGACAAAAUAAGCGCUUAUAAAUGUUAAAUGUGACUCGUCUACUGGCUGCUGAAUUUGCUUUAAUAAAAUAUUUUUAGCGAAUCUGCAUAUUUAAAAAUAAUACGCAGUUAUAAUCGUUUAUCUAAAAGUAUAAAUUGAAUAUUCGUCUGGCACGCGCUUAACAACCGAUAAACGAUGUCUUCCUUUCUUGUCGUUCUCGCAGCUUGUUGUUUCUUGGCCUUACGAGUGAGGGCGGAAAGGAAUGCCGACCGAAAAUUGGUAGACGUCAUUUUGACUAAACAGGAUCGCUUCAUUCUCGAGGAAAAGGGAAAAGAUCUGGCAGAAAUAAAUGCUAGCGGGCAUUUGUUGAACAGAGUGGAAACGAAACCAGGCGGUUUGCAGAUAUUGAUUAUCGCGGUGGCUUCGCAACCGGAAGCCAAAUUAAGAGGACGGGUGGAACGCGCCCCAGUCAAAAGCACGUGCUUAGACCAUAGAGAGCGGACACGGAAAACCCCGGGCUCGAAAAUUGUCCCGGAAUGCGACGAAAACGGAGAUUAUAAGGAACUUCAAUGUCAUUCGGCCCACAGGAGCAUGUGCCAAUGUUGGGAUAAGGACGGAUCGAUUAUCGCCGGCUUUCGGCAGAAUAUAGUCAACUGUAAAUGCAUCGUACACAAAAUAAAGGCUUCGCGGAGAAAACAGAAAAACGUUUUCGUGCCACGAUGCGAAGAAAACGGAAAUUACGCGCCGAAACAGUGUUUCGGAGAUACGGGAAUGUGUUGGUGCGUGGAUUCGGACGGCAAAAGACUGGGAGAACCCACCACCUUUACCAUCGUUUGUCAUUAGACGCAUUACUCGGUGUUUAUGUAAAUUUUACCAGUUAAAUAAAUUAACCCGACAGUUUAUGGCAUUAAAGGCCUACGUUUUCUUCAAAAUCCGCUUUCCCAUACGCUUUAAAUGUAAAAAGAAUUUCCGUACGGGAAUGGCUUUCGUCGUAUUCCUCGAUUUAACCCGACCACCACUCUUAUUUUCGCCGCUACUCGUCGGUAAACAUUUUACUUUAGCAAUUAUCCGUACGAUUCGCUUCAAAUAAUAUAAUUCGGUGUUUUUCUGCGCGCGAAUGAAAAAUACGCGGCCGUAAUCUAUCGAGAACGUUACCAAAUUCCAUGGUUAAUAAAUUAAAUUAUCGGCUUAAAAAUAUAAAAUGAAAAUUAAUUUUAUACGAAGACGAAAAUGCCGGGCGGUGGCUUUAGCGGCGUAUACAUACUACAGCGUUUUUCCACCUUCUCGAAUACGUCACCCCU